AUGGAAAACCUUCGCUUUCUUGACUUCUCUGAGCUCUCCGAGACAGUGUCCGAGGUUAGUGAGGAUGACUCAAUCUUUGACUCUGACGUGGAGACUAGCGAUGAUGAGAAGUUUGCGGGCAUUCCCCUAUGGCAGACAGCCUUCAACAUCGCAAAGAGCAUCAUUGGCGAAGGGCUUCUGAGCUUGCCGGCUGGCUUAGCUGCGGGUACCGGCAUCUAUUCGGGAGUUAUCAUUGCCUUGGUCUUCUAUGUUGUGAUGACAUACACUUUCUGGACCCUGGGCCGUCUUUGUGAGACGACCGGCGAGAAAACGCACCGCGGCAUGGGGGACAAAGUCACCGAAGGGGUGUUCUUUGGCAACUUCAUGGCAGUGACCAAUUUGGCGCAGACCCUUUCUUGCUGCGUCGCAUAUGCACUGGUAAUCGGGCGGAAUGCAGAGGAUGUCUUAGCUCCUUUUGUUUCAAACUCCUGGCUCAGCUCAAGGCGUGGCAGCUGGGUUACCAUCCUCAUCUUCGUCUUACUACCUCUCUGCUUGCUCCGGGACCUCUCGAAACUUGCUUGGGCCAGCCUCCUGGGUCUACUUUGCGAGGUUGGGGUGGUCUGUUUCAUGAUCUGGCGCUUUGUGGACGGAUCCUAUUCGCCGGGUGGACGUUUCUACGAAAGCCAAACACCUGGCUUGCAAGUCGCUUGGGAUGAAACCGGGGAUCCAGAGAUGUGGAGCUUCAGUCCAGCUACUUUGACUCUUGUCUGUAGCAUGUCCUCGGCUUUCUUGGCCCACUACAAUGCCCCCAAGUUCUAUCAUCAACUGCGGGAUCGGGACUCCAGGCGGUUCCUGCUCGCGACGACCGCCAGCUUUACGCUGGCCCUUGUACUCUUUCUUGUCUGCAUGACCGUAGGAUACUUGACCUUCGGGCAGCAUUGCUCGGGCAACAUUCUACACAAUUACUCCGACCUGGAUCCAGCAGCAACUGCCUCCAGAUUUGGGAUGCUCAUUGCCGUCACCUGCGGCUUUCCCUUGGCUUUCACCGGCCUCCGCGACUCUGUGCUCUCGCUUUGCGCCUGCUCCUCACGGCGCCGCGUCUGGCUCCCAUUGAGCUUCGCCCUUUUGAUACUGAUCGGAGCUUUGGGGUGGUCCCUGGACGACCUGGGUGUGCUCAACGCCCUGGGAGGGGCCCUGCUGGGAUCAGCCAGCACCAUGGUCUUUCCAGGCCUUUUGCUGAUCUGGGCAGCGCGCCUUGUGAUCCAGCAGACCCGCGUGGUGUGGGACGUGGAGGUGAAGCUUGUCGGCCGAGUCCUUGUUGUGAUGGGUGGUCUCCUGAUGGUUUUCGGAACAGUUGUUGUUGUCCAGAACCGGAUUUUGCACAAACAGUUGUAA